GUGUGGGACUGCGCAUGCGCUCCACACAGCUGCUGCGACGUUUGUAACAGAGGCAUGUCCGAACAAAUAUCUGUCUUGGACUGCCUACGUCUAAUAAUAAUCAAACACAACACUUGCUGAAGCUCCUUCAGUUCCUUCACGCAGUGCAAAUGAAAAUUUCAGAUCAGGUAACAGUGGAAAUGCAAUGUGAACUAUUUAAUUUUUUGCAUUAUCAUCCUUAAUGCUUUUACCUGGUAAAGCAGAAUCCUUCAGUGCUUUGACAGUGAUGAUGACGGAUGCCGAGGAUGAACUGACCAAAGCAGCCGCUACUGGUAACACUGACGGUGUUCGGUUUCUCCUUUCUAAAGGAGUGGAUGUAAACAUUGUUAACAGAUUUGGAAGAACACCUAUACAGGUUAUGAUGAUGGGUAACACACCUUUGGCGCAGCUGUUGCUGGAACAUGGAGCGGAUCCUAACGUGCACGAUCCCGGGACAGGCAGCACACCACUACAUGACGCUGCCAGAACUGGAUUCAUAGACACUGUGAAGCUUUUAAUCUGCUUUAGCGCCAAUCCCAAUGCAACAGACCGCAACAAUUUGCGACCUGUGGAUGUGGCACGGCAGACGGGCCACUUUGACGUGGUUGAAUAUCUCAGUGGUUUAUACGAUCUUCAUCGUAUUUAAAGCUCUUUAGGAGGUUAUAUUAAAUUAGAAAUAAGUUAUUUAGACUUGUAUAUAUUUUGUUGGAUUUCAUAAUGUGCAGCUCUAGGAGAGCGAAUUGUGAACACUAUAAUCUUGAAAAUGAUUUAUUUAUUAAAAGCUGGAAAUUGAUUAUCUCCCUACAGAGAGAUAAAGAGCAAAAAUAUUCAAAGUAACUUUAAAGUAAUUUCAUUAAUAUAAAUAGGCUAUGUAAAUAAUGUGUAAGAUACAAACGUAAAAUUAUGAUAGGGCAAAUCCAAAUUUGCCAAUCUAACAAAAAUGCAUGAUGUUGUGUCUAAAUGCUGUCGAGGAGAUUUUGUAAUUGUGUUCAAAAUACAAUGAUGGAUUUUGCUUAACCUUUUAAGACCUGGUGUGUCCACUAAGGACAUCACAUUUUUUAUUGUUGGCACUAUAAUACUUAAUUCUGUGUAACUGGAACCUGAUGUACACAAACGUGGACAAUUACGCUGCUUCAUGUUCAAAUAAUAAAAUUUGGUUAUUUUAUUUAUUGGUUCUUCCUAACCCCAAAAUAGCUGGAAGAAAUCUGAAAAAAGACAAACCAAAGCUCGGGAGGUUAAUAUUAAUUAUGUUGAGCGAGUUUGUCUUGUAAAUUAAUACAUUAUUAAUUUGCAAGAAUUUUAUUUUAGUUAACGUCUGUAAUUUCUGUGCCAUAAAGUAACGUUUAGGCUA